AUGUCCGAUACUGGCAAACAUUCGUUGUUUGAGGGUGAUAAGGAUUUUGUUAAUGAUGAUCAUAUUUAUGCGUUUGCUAAGGCAUUAGUAUGGGAGGAGACGGAGGAAAUCAAUGAUGAAACUCCGAUGAGUCCGUUGGCUCCCCAAACCAAUAAUUUGAGUGAUGAAGCAGAACUCAUUGAUGAUUUGAAUGUUGAUCAAGCCGGGAUACUUCAGAGUAGUCCUUCGAACAAUAGUAAGCCUGAUCUUAUCACCUCUAAAAGUGAUUGGUACCCCGUCAUAGAUUCCAAAAAGACAAGAAACAAUACUCAAAAUUCCAAUAACAGGAAAAGAAAGACAUACUCUAAAAGGUCCAAGUUUAAGAAGGCUACUAAGAAACUUAGCAAUGAGUUCAGAUCAAGUGCUUCGUACACUUUACUUCGUUGGCCAUUUUUAAUAAUCAUAGUUAUGUGGAUCAUAACUUUGGCAGUGUUGUAUACUAUAGUCCGUGCUUAUGUUGCACUUCUGGAAUAUACGUUUACUUGGGUUGGAGAGCGCCGCCGUCUAAGAGACAGACUUCGGAACUCGAAAUCUUAUGAAGAAUGGGUUGAAAAUGCGUUAGCUUUAGAUAAAUACCUUAACCUAGAUAAAUGGUCGGUUAACCCAAAGUUUUCUUAUUAUGAUUCCAAUACAAUCAAAUUAACUAUUUCGAAGCUACGCGUGUUAAGAAGUGAAAACAAUGAUUAUGAUUUGAUGGUUUUGUUACAAGGAUGUUUAAAGAAAAACUUUGCCGGUAUUGAAAAUAAACAGCUUUAUUCUCAUAGAUACUACGGAACAAAAAACUUGGUAGAAGAGUAUAUCAACGAGGUUGUUGCAAGCAUUAACAAAGUAAUUGAUUCACCUAAAAUUGAUUUUGAUGCAAAACGUAAAUUUUUCAGGGUUGUUUCUAAGAAUUAUGGUAAAUCAGCUUUAUGUUUGAGUGGUGGUGCUUGCUUUGCUUAUACCCAUUUUGGUGUUGUUAAGGCUUUACUUGACCAUAAUUUAUUACCUUCCAUCAUGUCUGGUACUUCUGGUGGUGGGUUAAUUGCCUCAUUGGCUUGUACAAGAACCGAUGAAGAAUUGAAAAAAUUAUUGGUUCCUCAAUUGGCUCGUAAAAUUACUGCUUGUGAGGAUCCUUGGUAUGUUUGGAUUCCAAGAUGGUGGAAAACCGGGGCGAGAUUUGAUUCUGUUGAUUGGGCAAGGAAAUCGAAUUUUUUCACCCGUGGUUCAACUACUUUUGCAGAAGCUUUUAAAAGAACUGGUAGAAUCUUAAACAUUUCAACUAUUCCAGCUGAUCCUCAUUCUCCAGUGAUUUUAUGUAAUAAUAUAACUUCUCCAAAUUGUAUUAUUUGGUCAACUUUGUUGGCAUCAAGUGCAGUACCCGGGAUUUUAAAUCCAGUGGUACUUAUGAUGAAAGAUUCUAAAAACAAUGAUGUUAUACCAUUUAGUUUAGGGAAUAAAUGGAGAGAUGGAUCAUUAAGAACCGACAUUCCAAUAGACUCAUUAAAUACGUAUUAUAAUGUUAACUUUUCAAUUGUUUCCCAAGUUAAUCCUCAUAUAUCGUUAUUUUUCUUCGCUCCAAAAGGUACUGUUGGGAGACCAGUGGCUACAUCACGUCGUAAGACACAUAAGGAGAGAUAUGCUUCUUUAAGAGGCGGAUUUGUUGCUACUGCUUUAGAACAAUUAUUCAAAUUAGAAAUCAAAAAAUGGUUAGAAAUUGUUAAAUCAUUAGAUUUAUUACCCCAUUUUCUUGAACAGGAUUGGCUGAGUAUAUUCUUACAAAAAUUUUCCGGAUCUAUUACUAUAUGGCCACGGAAUAAAUUAGCAGAUUUUUGGUAUAUAUUAUCAGAUCCUACAGAAGAAAGAUUAGCAUCUUUAAUAUUAAAAGGUGAACGUUGUAUUUACCCCAAAUUAUUGUUCAUUAAGCAUAGAUUGUCUAUAGAGAGAGCAAUUGAAAAGGGUAGAAAUUUAACAAAAUUAUCUAAGAAUUUCAAUGAAUUAUCAGCUACUCCAAGUGCAGGCAUAGCUUCAAGUCAAGAAGGUAUUCAAUUUCAGACUGUUGAUUUCAAAGAAGAUGGAGAUAUUGAUCAAAAUACCGAUACUAGUGAUGAGGAUGCAAUAAAUUAUAAGAAAAUUGAUGAUUUUGCACCAAGGAAAGCAUUUGAUUAUGACGAUGAUGAUGAGGAUGAGGAAGAAGGAGAUGAAGACUAUGACGACGGCGAGUAUUCACCUUUUUCCAAUGAAGAUAGUGAUGAUAAUAGUGGAGAGGAAGAAAGAAAUGACGGAUUCAUUCAGUCAUUUUUUGGGAAAUCCGAUAAACCAAGACGCAAUACAAUCACUUAA